AUGCUUCUUUCAACAACCGCCAUAGUGUUCGUUGUAAUCGUUACACUUGAGGUAACCAUCAUCGUCACAGGAAACGUGUUCACCAUUUUUGUUUUCUGGACCCAAAGACUCCGCUUGAAACGAACGUUUCUUCUCCUGAUAAACCUCGCUGUGGCUGAUUUACUUGUAGGACUAGGAGAAGCUCUGGUUCUCGCGGCUAACACAAUUCCCAAUGGUGGAAACGAAGAAGAGAAAAUAGAAAGCCCUUGGUGGGCAUUCCAAGUAUUUGGCAGCAGUACCUCAGUGCUCUUUCUCGUUCUAAUUUCGCUGGAACGUGUUUACUCCGUGCUGUGGCCAUUUCGUCAUCGUGUAACAAGUACUUGUGCUUACGUUUACAGCAUUGUUAUCGUCUGGGUAACUGGAGUUUGUAUGAGUGGAGUGACGUUGUUAAAGAUAUAUCUUAUAGACGGUAUGUAUGCUGCUGCCACCUACGCUUCGGCUCUCUUUGUUUCUCUGCUGGUUAUUUGUACAAGUUACCUAACGAUCCGUUUGCGGUUGCAGAGUACAGCACCUAUAUCAGAAUUCCAAAACCAAGCAUCAAGAGAAAAAUCGUUGCGAAUGUCUAGGACAGUUUUCAUAGUGGUCGCUGUAUCGCUUGUCUUUUGGUUUCCCACUUUCGUUGUGAUCACUAUAAGAGACUUCUGUUCAUGUUUCUCUCCGCUGGCGGUGUGGUUUGUGGUUGUUCUACAGCUUGGGAAUUCCAUGGUAAAUCCAUUUGUUUACAGCUUUAGGAUGCCAAUUUUUGAAGAUGCUCUUAAGAAAUGCUGGAGAAAGCGUCGACAAAAUAUUGAAUUAAGACCUUUCCCGAGGAAACCGCACAAUGCGGAGUGCAACUUGUGA